GAAGAUCUACUGUGUACUCAGGCCGUGCUGGAGACUCGUCCUCACUGCCAGCUGCGGAGACCCCAGCGUUUCCUCUGUGCCCGCUGCCUGCCUUCGAAGCCGCCUUGGACACCUGCUCCCGCUUCCCUCUGGUCCUGACACCUGGAUCUUGCCUUUGAACCCCAGCCUGAGGUCCCUUCCUUUGGGUGCCUGGUGUCUUCCCAGGGCCCCUGGUCCUGGGUCAUGGCCCAGAGGGCAGGCCAGGGGCCUAGGUGGCUGGAGGCUCUGGCCACUCUGCUUUUGCUUGGAUUAUUCCAGAAUGAGAUGGCCUCCUGCGGCGUGGUCCCCCAAGCACGUAUCACAGGUGGUAGCGAUUCAGCCCAUGGCCAGUGGCCCUGGCAGGUCAGCAUCAGCUACAACGGCGUCCACGCGUGUGGCGGCUCUCUCCUGUCUGAGCAGUGGGUGCUGUCGGCUGCUCACUGCUUCCCAAGGGAGCACCACACGGAGGACUACGAGGUAAAGCUGGGGGCCCACAGGCUGAACCACUACAGCUCUGACACCCAGGUCCGCACGGUGGCGCAGGUCAUUUCCCACCCCAGCUACCUCCAGGAGGGCUCCAUGGGUGACAUCGCACUCCUCCAGCUCAGCCGCUCUGUCAACUUCUCUCGCUACAUCCGGCCCAUCUGCCUCCCCGCAGCCAACGCCUCCUUCCCCAAUGGCCUCCAGUGCACUGUCACGGGAUGGGGCCACGUGGCCCCCUCAGUGAGCCUCCAGGCCCCCAAGACACUGCAGCAACUUGAGGUGCCACUGAUCAGUCGUGAGACCUGUAACUGCCUGUACAACAUCAACGCCAAGCCCGAGGAGCCCCACUUUAUCCAGCAGGACAUGGUGUGUGCUGGCUAUGUGAACGGGGGCAAGGACGCCUGCCAGGGUGACUCUGGGGGCCCACUCUCCUGCCCAGUGGGGGGCCGCUGGUACGUGGCAGGCAUCGUAAGCUGGGGUGAUGCCUGUGGGGCCCCCAACAGGCCCGGUGUGUAUACUCUGACCUCCAGCUAUGCCUCCUGGAUUCACCACAAAGUGGCAGAGCUCCAGCCUCAGGUGGUGCCCCAAAUCCAGGAGUCCCAGCCUGAUGGCAACCUCUGCAGCAACUAUGGGGCCUUCAACUCUGCCCCAGCCCCAGGCUUGGUGGGACCCCUCCUUCUGCUGCCACUAGGCCUGACCCUGGGCCUCCUCUGCCCACAGCACGACCACUGAGCUACUCACCCCGGGAGCUGACUUGCUUCUGGGACCUCCACAUCACACCCAAGGGCACACGCCUGCUCCCAGGAUGCCUGGGGCCUGACUUUGAGCCACUCCUUCCUCCCAGGACCCUGUGGGAGUUCAAAGCACCAUCCUGACCUUUGCCCCCACUCUUCUGGGUUGCUCUUUGGGGCUGUAACCUCCACCACAGGAGUUUACUGCCUAGGAGUCUGCUGGCUAGAAACUCUGGUCACCUCCAUCUGCUGUCCACAAGCCUAUCGGUUGGGCUCCUAUGGAGCCCCCAAGGACCCUCAGCUAUGAAAGUGGGCCCCGGCUCCCCACCUGUUUCUAGAAGACUGCCCAGAUGCCUGCUGCUAAAAGGCUGGCUGCAGCACCUCACCUGCUCUGCCUGAUGAGCCCCAUCAUUUCACCCUCUCGCUGUUUUCUGGGCUGGGGCUGCCUCUGGGCAGCAUGCUUUCAAGGACAGAAAAGGCCCCACUCUUGCCUCACUGGCUGCCACGCCCCCUGAGCCCCGACUCCUGGACUCCGGAGGACUGAGCCCCCACCGGAACUGGACCCCGACUUGCACCUGGUGUGCGGGGUUAGACGGAGCGAGACGGAGUAAAAUGUUCUGAGCACAACUGGCCGUGUGUGUGUGACGUGAAAUGAGGCCCAUCUGCUCUGGGCC